CGGGUACUUCAGAUUCAAUAUGGCGGUUCUGGGCGGUCACUGAGGCAGGUGGGGUGGCAGUUGAAGCAUUGGCUGUCAGUGCUGCAGGCCUGAGCGCACGGACCCCGGCGGGGGUUGGGCUACAGCCCUUCGAGAGGAGACGAGGGAGCCCGCGGGACGCCGGUUCGGUAGGCGGGCCGGCAAGCAGGCCGGCCCUUCACUUGGGUGGGCCAAUUGAUCGGUCGGAGUGAGCAAGGAAGCGAUGGCCCAGCGAGUGCAGUCGGUGCAGGAGUUCCUUCAGGACUCGUUCGUACCCUUGGUAGCUGCGUUGUGUAGCGAGGAGGCGGAGAGGGUCACCCGCAAGAACAAUUUGGGCUUCUGUGAGCUGGUAAAGCCCUUUUGUCGCCUCACUUCGGAAGUGCACAUGAGAGAUCCCAACAAUCAACUUCACAUAAUCAAAAACUUGAAGAUUGCUGUCAACAAUAUUGUUACUCAGCCACCUCAACCAGGAACCAUUCGGAAGCUUCUCAGUGAUGUUGUGACUGUUAGUCAGCCUGCUGAAGGAUUAGUUGCUAAUGUGAUUACUGCAGGAGAUUAUGAUCUCAACAUUAGUGAUCGGUCUUUUAAAGCUAGUGUUCCUUGGUACAAUAGUUGGAAAGACACACUGAUGGGACUGAACACAUCCACAUUUUAUUCAGCUACUACUCCAUGGUUUGAGGCUUAUCGAGAAAGCUUUCUUCAGUCCAUGCCAGCAUCAGACCAUGAAUUCCUGAACCACUAUGUUGCAUGUAUGCUUGUGGUUUCAUCUGGUGAACCUGAACCUGUGGAACAGUUUCUUAAGCUGUCACAAGAACAACAUCGGAUUCAGCAUAGCAAUGAAUAUUCUUAUCCAAAGUGGUUUAUUCCGAACACGCUAAAAUAUUAUGUUUUGUUGCAUGAUGUGAGUAUAGGAGAGGAACAGAGGGCUGAUUUAAUAUAUGAAGAAAUGAAACAAAGAUAUGGAACUCAGGGAUGCUAUUUACUUAAGAUAAAUUCUCGUGGGUCUAAUCGAGGAGCUGAUGAACAGAUUCCUGAUCCCUGGAGCCAAUACCUCCAAAAAACCAGUAUCCAAACCCAGGAACCUUAUGAAGAUAGCCCAUAUACAGUCAUUUCAGAUAAGAAUUCUGAUCACUUUAUACCAGUGGAUGGGUUAGAUAAUGAUUCCAAAGUAGAUGGUUUAUCAAAUAACUAUAAGAUUCAUCCACUCCAAUUGGAUCACAAUAGCGACAAUAGUUGUUGUGAUGGCACUGAUUAUGUAAAACCAAAUGCAUCUAUGCAUGAAUUGAAGAAGUCAAAUACAUGGACACCUCAUGGCACCUGUUUGACACUCACAGAUCAUGAUCGAAUUCGGCAGUUCAUACAGGAAUUCACUUUUAGAGGACUUUUGCCACAUAUUGAGAAAACUAUCAGGCAACUUAAUGACCAGUUAAUAUCCAGGAAAGGCCUGAGUCGAUCACUAUUUUCUGCAACCAAAAAAUGGUUUAGUGGCAGUAAAGUUCCAGAGAAGAGUGUAAAUGAGCUGAAAAGCACUUCUGGUUUGCUGUAUCCUCCAGAAGCACCAGAGCUUCAGAUUAGGAAAAUGGCAGAUUUAUGUUUCUUGGUGCAACACUAUGAACUUGCAUACAGUUGCUAUCAUACAGCAAAGAAAGACUUUCUGAAUGAUCAAGCAAUGCUUUACGCAGCAGGAGCACUGGAAAUGGCAGCAGUAUCUGCUUUUCUUCAGCCAGGAGCACCAAGACCAUAUCCUGCUCAUUACAUGGAUACUGCAGUUCAGACUUACAGAGAUAUCUGCAAGAACAUGAUGCUGGCAGAGAGAUGUGUGUUGCUCAGCGCUGAAAUUCUAAAAAGCCAAAGCAAAUACUCAGAAGCAGCUGCUCUUUUAAUACGUUUAACCAGUGAGGAUUCAGAUCUUCGGAGUGCACUGUUAUUGGAGCAAGCUGCACACUGUUUUAUAAACAUGAAAAAUCCUAUGGUUAGAAAAUUUGCUUUUCAUAUGAUUCUGGCUGGCCAUAGGUAUAGUAAAGCAGGGCAGAAAAAACAUGCGUUGCGAUGUUACUGUCAAGCCAUGCAAGUUUACAAAGGGAAAGGAUGGUCACUUGCAGAAGAUCAUAUAAACUUCACUAUUGGCCGCCAGUCUUUUACACUUCAGCAACUUGACAAUGCCAUAUCUGCCUUCAGACAUAUUUUGAUCAAUGACAGCAAGCAAACAGCUGCUCAGCAAGGGGCAUUCCUUCGAGAAUAUCUUUAUGUGUAUAGGAAUGUAAGUCAGCUAUCACCAGAUGGACCUUCACCACAGCUUCCUUUACCUUAUAUUAAUAGCUCUGCAACACGAGUGUUCUUUGGGCAUGACAGACAGCCAGCAAAAGGUGAAAAACAGGCAGCAACACACAUAAGCCUUGAUCAGGAAUAUGAAUUUGAAUUUUCACAUCAGUGGAAGGAGCUUGAAGAACAAGUUGUGUCAACAGUUAACAAAGGUGUAACAAUUCCCAAUUUCCAUCCAACACAGUAUUGUCUGAACAGAUUUUCUGAUAAUUCUAGGUUUCCUCUUGCUGUAAUAGAAGAACCAAUAACUGUGGAAGUGGCUUUUAGAAAUCCACUGAAAGUUCCACUUCUUUUAACUGACUUGUCACUGCUUUGGAAAUUCCAGCCAAAGGAUUUCAGUUCGAAAAAUAAUGGAGAAACAAAGGAAUUAGAAACACAUGGAAAAGAUAUGAUUGGAGCUGAAGUGAUAUCAGAAUUUUUGAUUAACAGUGAAGAAACUAAAAUGGCAAGACUAAAGCUCUUUCCCCAUCAAACAGGGGAGCUACAUAUUCUGGGAGUCAUUUACAAUCUUGGCACUAUUCAGGGUACUACAGUGCUAGAUGGAGUAGACCCUUCUGUUGGAUUGCAAACAGCAAAAUAUAACUCUACUGGAAUGUCAGUACGGGGGCGACAAGAUUUGGAAAUUCAAGGUCCUCGCUUGAAUAAUACGAAGGAAGAGAAAACUUCUAUUAAAUAUGGACCUGAUAGACGUUUAGAUCCCAUCAUAACAGAAGAAAUGCCUUUGCUAGAGGUAUUCUUUAUAAAUUUUCCUACAGAGCUGCUUUGUGGAGAAAUCCGAAAGACUUAUGUAGAAUUUGUGAAUGUAAGCAAGUGCCCUCUGACAGGAGUGAAAGUUGUUUCCAAAAGGCCAGAGUUCUUCACUUUCGGUGGCAACAGUGCCAUUCUGACACCACUAAGCCCUUCAGCAUCUGAACACUGCAGUGCUUACAAGACUGUUGUAACACAUCCUACCUCUGAAUGUUCACUCAUGUCCUCAGUUGCUGCUUCAGACUUUGGGGUUGGAAUAGGAAGUCAGCCUGAAGUGAUAGAUGUCCCACUUCCUGAUUCCGUUCUCCUCCCUGGAGCUUCAGUACAGCUUCCCAUGUGGUUACGUGGGCCAGAUGAAGAAGGUGUUCAUGAAAUAAAAUUUUUGUUUUACUAUGAAAAUGUUAGGAAACAUUCAAAAAUGUGUCACAGGAUAUUAAGACACACUGCAGUUAUUUGUACCAGCCGUUCGCUGGCUGUGCGAGCCACUGUUUAUCGAAGCAAUGCUCUUGAAGAUGAAAAAGGUGAAGGUGGCAAUAUGCUAGUCUUUGUGGAUGUGGAAAAUAUCAAUACUAGUGAAGCUGGUGUGAAAGAGUUUCAUAUACUGCAAGUAUCUAGUAACAGUAAAAACUGGAAGCUACAGAAGUCCAUAAAUCUCUCGGAAGACAAAGAUAUUAAGCUCGCAAACAGAGAGAAAGGAAAGCUGUGCUUGAAAGCAGUAAGAUGCAAACAUUCAUCAGAAAUGUACACAUUUGCAGAUAUCGUUUUUGGAACUGAACAGAUAAUCAGUUCAACCAGUCCAUGUGCAGAUUUCUUUUUCCGAAGCUUAUAUUCUGAUGUAAAAAGAACUCAAACACAGCAAAGUAUGCAUGCUUCACAAGGGCCUGCAAAACAGUCUGUUGACAGUGCUGUCCGAUUGAUACAGAAAUGCAGUGAAGUGGAUUUGAAUAUCAUUUUACUUUGGAAGGCAUAUGUUGUGGAAGAUAACAAGCAACUCAUUUUGGAAGGCCAGCAUCAUGUUGCACUUCAUGCAGUAGGGAAAGAAGCUUUUUCUUUCCCUCAAAAACAGGGUUUAAAAAAAAUACUUGGGAAUACUGACUGGGAAGACUUGGAACAGGAGUCACCAGAUGCAGGUGUCUCAAAUUUUUUUCGGCCAGAAAAUACAUCAGUACCUGUUAAACCAUCUCCAGACCAAUUUUCCAACCUUAUCAAAACUAGUCUACGUUAUCCAGAAUCCUUUAAUCAUGCAUUUCAUCAGAAAAGCCUUUGUAUCGUUCCAGUCACUCUUCUACUUUCAAAUUGCUCUCAGGCUGUUGUUGAUGUUAUCAUUGAUCUGAGACAUAAAACAACAAGUCCAGAAACACUUGAAAUCCAUGGUUCAUUUACCUGGCUUGGACAAACACAAUACAAACUUCAGCUGAAAAGCCAAGAAGUGUCUAGUCUGCAGCUAAAGGCCUGUUUUGUUCAUACAGGAGUUUAUAAUCUUGGAACCCCACGUGUAUUUGCCAAGCUUUCGGACCAGGUUACUUUGUUUGAAACAAGUCAGCAGAACUCAAUGCCAGCACUGAUCAUUAUUAACAACAUGUAAUUUGCUGCAGGAUUGUUUUAAAAACCAUCGAGAGAACUGUUAUUUACUACAUUUCUUUGACCCUGCAACAUUGGCAUAUGACCUGUUCAAAAUAUGUAGGUAAAAUACCAACAUACUAUGAUUAUUUGUCUACUUCUGUUUGAUAAUGCCUGGACUGAAUGUUAAUUUUUUUUAAAAAAGUAUUUCAUAAAUUAAAUGGGAAUACCUGUACAACUUUAAAGCUUCUCGUCAUAACAACAGAGAAUUCCUUGUAUACUUGUCAAAAUGCAGCUUUACUGCUGUUAAACCUUACAGCAUGUGUUAAUAUAAUAUUUGUGGCUGUAUUAGAAGGCAAUUUAGGACAAAGCCCCUCCCCCCCUUUUCGGGGGGGGUCACACAAUCAGUUGUUAAUUACUUUUUUGUGAAUAACUAAAAUACCCAUUUUUCAUUUUCACUUUUUAAAAAGUGAAGUUGAGAAUUUCUUCAUGUACUGAAAGCCAAUCUUCCUUGGAAAUUGCAUAUAACUCCAGUUUAAUACAGAAUUUUUGAAACCUGUUUGGAUAUUUUCUCAUUCAUCUUAGUACAAAAUGCACUAUUUCACAACCAUGAAAUAUUUAUCAUUUAAACUCAUUCCCUUUAUUAUGUAACUAUAACAACUCUGUUGAUCUGUUUAAAAGAUAAAUUACCAGUUAAUUAAGCUUUUCAGAAAUGUAUUAUAUUUAUAACAAAUGUGCUGUAAAUAGAAUAAAAUGUGCUCCAUAUUUA